AUGGGAAAAAUUAAAGCUGAAUUAGCUGAUGAAAUUGACGAAUUAAAAAAACAAAAAACAGCUUUUGAAACAAGAAGAGUAAUUGCUCAUAAAAAAAUUGCUAAUGAUGCACAAAUUGAAAAAGAUACCUUAAAAGCUGCAAAAGUAACUCAAAUGAGAAAGAAUAGAGAGUAUGAAAUGAACAGAAAAGAUAUUAAUAAUAUGAGAAAUAAAGUACUUAAAGCUCAAAAACAACAAUUAGAAAGAGAAGCUACUCAAUCAAUUUUAAAGAAUGUUAUUGCUAGUAAUGAAAAAAGAAAUGCCUUAGAUAAAUCAGCUACUUUAGACAUUCAAAUGGCUAAAGGUGAUACUGCUAAUAAAAAGAGAAUUAUCCAUACUGUUGCUAAAGAAAUGAAAAAGUCAAUUGAAAAUGAAAAGAAAGGAAUUGAUAUGUUAAAGGAUAAGGCUGUUAAGUCACAACAAGAAAGACAAGGUCUUAAAACUCAAAUUGCCCGUGAUAUUCUUGUAGAUGCACAUAAUAGAAAAAUGAACCAAUUAAAAGAAAGACAAAAAGAAAUUAAAGAAAUGGUUCAAGAUAGAAUUAAUAGAAGAAAUAGAAAAGCUGCUUUGAAAGUAAACAAAGCUGAAAACAAAAUAGCUCUUGCUAGAUUACAAGGUAAAUUAGAUAAGAGAUAUGUCCUUAAGAGAGAAGAAGUUGCUUUAAAGAAUGCUAAAGCAUUAUCUGAUGCUGUUAGUAGUGUUCUUCCAAAUAAUACAGAUAAGUUCAUGAAAAUCAAAACCUUUAAAGUAAAAUGUGGUAAAUUAGCUAAGAAAAUGUCAACACCAUGCACUGAACAAAAAUAA